AUGGACCUUCUAGAAGAGUUUGUAGCACACUCCCCUGGCGUUGUGACCUGUCUCGCAAUGGGCCACAAGUCAGCUCGAGUGAUGGCCACCGGUGGCGAAGAUCGUAAAGUUAAGCUCUGGGCAGUUGGCAAUCCCAGCUGUAUUAUGAGUCUUGGUGGCCACACUUCCUCCGUUGAUUCCGCUCAAUUCAGUCAAAAUGAGGACUGCAUCGCUGCCGGUUCUCUCUCAGGCUCUAUUCGCGUUUGGGAUCUAGAACAGGAAAAAAUGAUGCGAGUCCUGUCUGGACACACAUCGUCAGUUCAGAGUUUGGAUUUCCAUCCCCAUGGUAACUUCAUUGCUUCCGGAUCUUUGGAUUCCUCCGUCAGGCUCUGGGACGUCUCGAGAAAGGGUUGUAUUAACACCUUCCGUGGACACACCGGUUGUGUUAAUAUGGUGCGCUUUUCGCCCGACGGCAACUGGGUUAUCUCCGCUGGUGACGAUUGUCGUGUUAAGAUCUACAACUAUGAGACUAUGUCCUGUCUGGACACUGUGGCGGUUGGUUGGCGCAGUGGCGGUGGUCUUGUUGACAUGGCCGUCGCAAGUAGCUACAACCAGCUGGUUGGUGCCAGCAUCUCCCAGUCCCUAGUCUCCACCUUUGUGGUUGAUGUGAAAUCCUGUGUACCCUUCAUCUCUCCCCUGCGGUCUGCCUUCUCCUCCGCACCCCUAUCCUCCUCCCCGCCGGGCAUUUGCGAUUUCCCCACUCCGUCAGCCGCGAACGAGGCCGAUACCAGAACGCGUCCAAUUGUUCGUUCCGGAAGCGAUCUUGAUCGCGUGCGACCCUCCUCUACCACCCUCGUCUCUCGCACCUCUCGAAAGACGUUUUGCCUGCAUGGCAACGGGAGGAAACCGCGCGUGGAGUCGGUAUGUUUUUUCCCACCCCCUCCCUACUUUGACGUGUCCUACUUUUCCGUUUGUCCUCAAACUAUGACCUUCGGCUGUUUCCCUUACAGUCCACUCCACUAUCCUUUUUCACUGCUGCUGUCAAAACGAAAUUAA